AUAAAUAAUAAUAAAUGAAAAGAUUUUCUGACGCGAUUCUCCAAAAUACCCUUCCACACGAACUCCAAAUCGUCAGAAUAUGAUCUUUCACUUGACACCUAACUCCUCUCCUCUCUCCCAUGGCCUAAUCUAAUUAUACACACAGCUCUCUCUCUCUCUCUCUCUCUAGGCCAUCGUUUCUCCUUUUCUGAUUUUCCAUGAUCACAAGAAUCUUCGGCAAAUCUCAUCAUUAGCCCCCCGUAAAAUCCCCAUCAUCCGGUAAUGGGUCGAUCCAAGUCCAACCUCAGCCGUAAAAUCCACCGCCGGCUGUCCAACCUCCGCCGCUGCAUUCUCCGGGUGUGGAACCAAAUUCUCAUGUGCUCCAUCGGAAAGCCGAUUCGGUACAGAAUGCUGUCUCAUCCCGCCGUUGUUCCCUCCGUCUCCUUGCCUAUUUCCUCUCCCGGCGGCGGCGUAAUGGAGGAGGUGGCUCUCGUCAAUUGUCCCCCGCCUUCCGCGGCGGCGAUUCUUCACAACAACAACAGCGUCCAUCGGGUCGAUUCGGAUUUGGUGGCUUUAAAGAUUAGCCUCCUGGGUGAUAGCCAGAUUGGGAAAACAAGCUUUUUGGCCAAGUACGUCGGCGACGAGACGGAUGAAGGAGGGAGAAUCGAAGGAGGAGGAGAUGGGAUUAAUUUGAUGGACAAGAUAUUGCAAGUUGGUGGCGCUCGGAUUUCCUACCGUCUCUGGGAAUUCGAUGGUGGUAAUCAGUCGAGAGAGAAUAUUCCGGUGGCCUGUAAAGAUUCUGUGGCCAUUCUCAUCAUGUUCGACCUCACCAGUCGGGUCACUCUUAACGGAGUGAUGGGAUGGUAUCAAGAGGCAAGGAAAUGGAAUCAGACGGCUAUACCAAUUUUGAUAGGAACAAAGUUCGACGAUUUCAUCCAGCUCCCCAUUGAUCUGCAGUGGACAAUUGCCAGCCAGGCCAGAGCAUAUGCCAAGACGCUGAAUGCAACGCUGUUCUUCUCCAGUGCAACAUACAACAUCAAUGUGAAUAAGAUCUUCAAGUUCAUAACAGCCAAGCUCUUUGAUCUGCCAUGGUCUGUGGAGCGGAACCUUACCAUUGGAGAGCCCAUCAUUGAUUUCUGAAGCUUCAUAGCAGAUAGAGUUUUAGCAGGAACUCGUUAAACAACCAACCCUUUUCAUAAUGCCGCCUCCUCGUUUGGACAGUGAUGAGUGUCAACCGGUCACCGGGAGUUGUUCUGCUUCGGUGAUUCCUGGAGUUGUUUCUUCUUGGAACUGUGGUGGUGGUGGUGGUGGCAGCGUCCCUACUUGUUAUGCAGGCUGUGACUCGCUCAUCUCCCAAAGUGUAGAGAAAACUUCCUGUUCUUUUUUUCUUUUCCUCAUUUCUUCAUGUUUAAAUCAGUAGUUCAUUAAUCCUUGUUUCUUAAAUUUUUGUCCCUCAGUCUGAGUGAUUUAGGGUUUCGUAGUACUCGGUCGGUUCAGUUCACACAUGUACAGGAUGUUGGGGGAAAUAAUUCAGCAGCAAUAAUGAAAGAAGGGAGUGGGGAAUUUGGUGUUUGUUUCAGACUUGAUUUGAACUAUUGCAGAAAGUCAUUACUCAACAGUCUUAAUGGAAGGGAUAGAUUUCUUAUUCUUAAAGCAGAAUCGAUGUGGUUGUAACAGCUGCUAAUCUUUAUAUCAUUAUUAUCCAAAGACGAAAGGGAAAGGUUACCAACUGUUAGAUCCAAGGACCAACAUUUUGCAGUAUCCAUAAAAGCUAAAAAAAAAACAAAGGAAAUGAGCCUUGACAAUUCACAUCACCGUCUGCAAAAAAUGGAAAUGAAUUACAAAUGGAAAGUGGCGCCAGCAUGCUUCUUCUUUACUCAAGCUUCACCUCUCUUUUUGGAGCAUCAAUCUGCAAGUAAGUGUAAGGAUCUGUUGGUUCCUCUCUGCACAACCAAAAAACAUCACUCAUCUGAAAAUCGAGCUUAACAUUGUGAAAGAAGGACAUCUGAAUCAGCAAUAUACCCGGGUUUGGAGCGCAUGCAUUCCCAGAAGAGCUUAAAUGGUCCUGGCACUGUCUUGAAAGGGUUUCCCUCGAAACAAGCCUACAGAUUCACAUUACAAUACAAACCCAGAUCAAUGGCUGGAAGGUUAAAAAUACAGUUUACUCCUUAUUAACAACAUCCACGAACAAAACAAACAAGUCGAACCAAACCUGCCAUCUCGAUUCCCGAAAUAGCUAAAAUGUCAAGUACAACAGAAUUCCAGACCUUAGGCACUUGGGAAGAAUGUAAGAAAACAGCUUAAGAUCUUGAUCAACGAUAUCUGUUGCCUAAGAAACAAGACUUUCCUCAAGUUUCCUUGGGGAGAGAUCAGAAUUAUAGCCCACCAAUUGGCAAUUCCCAUCUUCAAGGACAUUGAUAUCAAAUCCAUUCCAUCUCGGAAUCAACGAAAAUCAAUCCAUGGUCAAAUCUAAACACUUCUAAUUGUCAGUAAACAACAGAAUUCAGCACAACCGUGAACUACAUUGUUGACUUGGAAGGAACUUGUGGGAACUUCCAAGACCAGCACAUGCGUAUUGUCCAAGGAGUCAAUCAAUCACACUCAUCAGUACCCUAUUCUCAACAAACUCUGACAUCUUAAUUCAAUCCAUUGUGGACCUGCACAAGCUUGUGGCCAUCCGAUUUUAACUCCACAAGUCUGAAAUUGUUCACUGCUACUUGUAAUUUCUUAGGCUAAUUCCAAAACCCUAAACACCAAAAUAUCCAUAAAUCACUAAACAAGCUAAUGACAGGCAACUUCAUCAAAUCACGACGGGCAGUGAUAAUUCAAGCGAAGCUAAGGAAUUUCCUAAAACUCAAAUUAACUUCAGAAUUCCCAACUUCCACCGUCGAACUAUUUACGCGAAGCGAAAGGAUCGAAGAACAUUUUAACCCGACGAAUUCACAACAAGGAGAAGCUGAAAAUGAGGGGAAAAGCUGGAAUCUUUGAUUACUUGAAUCACGUCCUCGGCUCGAUCAUUGCAGCGAUGUGCCUUUGGCUGCUUGUGAUCUCCCUCCGACAUCCCCCAUGGGCUCUCCCUCCUCGGCACCGGCCUCGUCUCGCUCAUUUUCUCGGUGGGGUUUUGUCCAAACUCUCUGUCCCAGAAUUGGUGCUGUGGAAAUAUGUUAAUUUCCAAAGCUAGCUUGCGUUUGUAAAUGCUAGAACCCAGAAAUCGCUUGUCUGGGUGACGAGACAGAACUCAGAAGAACGCCAAACGUCGUCGUUACAAUAGCCAAAAUUAGUAGGCCAAUUCCAUAAUGGCGUCAGACAGCUAUUUGGGCUUACAGAAGUCGGCCCAUGGAAGAGAACCCAAUUCCCCCCGGCCCUCUGGCCGCUACCUGAAGAUAUUAACUACACGGGAUAAUCGAUCGCCAAUCACCAUCAUCAAAGAACACAUCAAGGAAGAAAGAAGGAAUCGCAGGCGAGAAAUCAGAAGCAAAAGAUGGGCGCGUUCGUGAAGCUCGUGGAUUUCCUGCUGUUAUUGGUCUUCCUUCUGAUCGCGCUGGCGGCGCCGCUGCUCGACUCGCAGACUUGUCUCCCUCGCUCCUAUUUCCCGGAUGCGCUGAUCAAUUUGAAGGAGUGGUACGGCCAGGAGUACGGCGAUUACCUCGUCUCCGAGAAGCCUCAUUUCUUCGUCGGCACGGUCUGGCUCGAGCUUGUCUUCCAAUGGCCGCUCGCCCUCCUCAACAUCUACGCCAUUCUGUGUGGCAAGCCCUGGUUCAACACCUCUUGCUUGAUCUAUGGUGUUUCCAUCAUUUCCACCAUGGUGCCUCUGCUAUCAGAAAUGAUCAUGUCUGGGAGAGCAUCCGAUAAGCUGCUGAUGCUGUACUCUCCUUUCCUGGUCGUCGGUGUAGUAGCCAUGCUUCGAGGCUUUGUGCCACACUCUGCGAAGAGUGGCUCUGGAAUCGGGAAGAGACCUGCUUUUGGUAGGAAAAAGAGGGUUUGAGGAAAGAUGUCAUCAACCCAUUUUUGUAGUCUUGUCCUCUUUUUUCCAUGAUUUCAUUGACGACGAGGUUCUCCAUUUUCUCUCUUUCGUUCUUGGACUACUUUGUGAGGAAUGAGUUCUCUAGUUUGACCAUAUGGUAGGAUAAUUUCUUUUUCAUUCUUGUGAGUUUUGGAGCUUCUAUGGGUUGUUGGUGCAUCAGUUAUCACUUAACCAGAGUUAUUGUUAUCGUUUCUGACGCCCAUCUGUUGCAUCGGUUAAGAGUAGUUCCUACCUUCUUUUUGUUUUCCUUAAUGUAAGUAACAUGGGUUUCUAAAUGGAAAGGAAUGGCUCAAUCUUUUA